AUGUACCUUUGCCAGUUAAGCAACUUAAAUAAUCAACCCCAUUUCGAACUUUCUUCAAACAAACAGAAUGGAUAUGCUGGACUCGAGAUGACCUCCAAGAUGGCAACUGUUCAAAAGAACAAGGAAGGAUUCACCCCAAGACAAGUCAAGGCUGCGAAUGAAGCAAGAAGUGCAAUGCACAUACUCAAUGCUCCAAGCACCAAAAGUCUGAAGUAUGCGAUCCGAUCUGGUCUCAUCAAGAACUGUCCUAUCACCGAAGAAGUGAUCAAUCAUGCCAAAGCAAUCUUUGGACCUGACGCCUCUACAUUGAAAGGCAAGUCAACAAGACCAACUCUGAAGAAGACGUACAACGACUUCUUCAGUCCACCAGAGGAAUUAUAUCAGCACAAUCAAUCUAUUACCGUCUGUAUUGAUCACAUGGAGAUUGAGAAUGCUAAGUUUCUCACCUGCAUUGAUACCACUGUGCGUUAUCGCUCAUGUAUUCCCGUGCAGAACCUGAAGACUGACCCUGUAUUUGAAGCAUUGGAUAAGAUAUUCCGCCGCUACAACAAGGCAGGCUUUCAAGUCAAGAUCAUCAAGUGA